GGCCUGUUUUGCAACUGACGUUCUGCUUGAGCGUGCAGCUUUCAUAACAGUUGAAGUUGAAGGUGCAUCACCGACAUUCCCUCCGCUACAACCCAACGGGUCAACAUCAACUCCACCACGAACCCUAGGCCAACAGUAAUGGGAUUUUCACAGGACCAGGAUCAAUAACCGUCAAUCAUCCGUAAAAUGGGGAACAUGAUGAGGAACUCCGCUCCACCAGACAAAAUCACGGACAUUCAGACAGCAGGGGCAGAAAGUGAUUUUUUGGCCGUUCUUUACGACUACCCCCCGCCUGAUAUCAGCGAGCCGAUAUUUUACUUCGGAGAGAAGCUUCGGGUCAUUUCAGACGAGGGAGGAUGGUGGAGAGUUGUAUCCCUUAAAACAGGUCGCGAAAACUAUAUACCAGCAAAGUGUGUGGCAAAAGUCUUUCAUGGGUGGCUGUUUGAAGGAGUGGGGAGAGAGAAAUCUGAACAACUAUUGCAGCUGCCAGAAAUGAAGACGGGAUCAUUCAUGAUAAGGCAAAGUGAAACAAAAAAAGGAUCCUAUUCAUUAUCUGUCAAACACAGACAAGUGAAACAUUAUAGAAUCUUCCGCUUACCAAACAACUGGUAUUAUAUCUCACCAAGGCUGACCUUCCAGUGUCUGGAGCAUCUGGUAAAUCACUACUCAGAAAGCUCGGAUGGCUUGUGCUGCCUUCUCACCACCCCCUGCCUCACCCAACAGUCUAUAAAUGUCCCAGAUAUAAGACAGGAGGUGCCGGUAAUGAGAAGAAAGAAGCCGUUUAACUGGAAGAGUAUGAAGAGGGUUUCAUUGUCGGCAGAAGAACCGGAUAAUUCUUUGGAGAACGACGACUCGUACCUCAGUUAUGGACUAAGACAAAGCAUCGCCUCGUACCUGUCUUUGGCAGGAGAAGAGAGUUUUGCCAUUGGAAGCGAUGAGCAGAACGGGAAACGGAACCGGAAGAGCUGCAUCUUUUCUAGGAAUAGUGUCAUUUCCAACCGCUCGGGGUACGCGGAAAGUUACGGAUGAGAACAUUACUCCCCUGUUACCCCCAGAUCCUAAUGUGUAAACCAGUGCGCCGGACCUUUAGCAAGUGCCUCCUGUCACUAGAACUCAUUAUGUUGCUCAUAUAGGAAAAAAAACUAUUGCACAAAGUGACACUAGCCAUCCAGGCCACGGAAUUUCAUUCUAUGACCACGGGGUGCCGAAUAUGGUGGUGGAUGCAGGAGUCGAAACGUCAGCCCACUAGAUGAAUCUUAUUAGUUGUGUAAUGAAACGUUUUUUCAAGUUUCUAAUAUACUGUGUGUUUCCAUGAACUCACAUUUUCAAGAUCUCUGCUUGCUGUGAAUGAAACCAUUCUAAUGCACAUACAGGAGCAAGAGUCCUAUCCUGAAAAAGUGCUGGGACAUACCUGAGAGGCUUGCUAUCCAAGAGAGCUCCCCUCCAUGUAGCUGGGUGAGCAGGACUAUGGAAAUUUCUAUUCACUGAUAGCAAGCGAAGAUUAUGAUACAAGUGUUUCCACUUUAUUCACAUAAAAUGAGAAAAUCCCUUUAAAAGUGACUCGACGUCUAUUUUUUAUUUAUUUUUUCCCCAUCAAAUACCAAUUCUGGAGUAUCUUUUCUUAGAGCUCUGCAUUAAACCAUUCCUCUGUUAUUCCUCUAAGAAAUAAAUGAAUAGUUAACAGCUGGGUGUUACCCCUACACUGUUUGUCACUGCAAGCACUGAUUGGUCAAUGUCCGUGAGUGAACUGACGAGCCCCCAAUUGGUAACACCCAGUGGCAAACUUACUAAUUAAUUUCUAGUAGGAGUAUAACAGGAACAGCACGUCAUAGAGGCCUUAUGAAAAGAUGCUGCAGAAUUAGUAAAUCAUUGUAUUUCCAAUGAAAUAACAUCAAAGUCAUCCAGAAUCGUAACUCAUCCUGAAGAAGGUCAAACACCCCAAAACAGCUGUCUGCGCUGGAUAUUGUAUAUGGCUUGGAUAUUUUCCAAGUCUUAAUAGUCAUACACUGACUUAUAGGGCUCCCCUUCCACUAGGUGGCAGUAGUGAGUCCGUUCUCUUUCCCUGGGAGAUACUUUCCCUGGGAUGCAUACUUUUUUCCCCAUGGAGCAUUGCCACUAAGUCGUCAUACGCCACUGGUCUCCUUAAGGAGGACCAGAACCCACCACCCCCCAACAUGAGUUACUAAAAUGGACAAGUCAGGAGAGCGGACAGGUCCACCUUAAAGAGAACUUUUCACCUGGUUUGAGGACACAAAGCCACCAGCAUCCAUUAUGCAGCCGGGCUUCACGAAUCUAACUUUUGGCCUGGCAAAAUUUAGUAAAGAAGCCAAGGACAGAACGACCUGUUUCAUGGCGCUUGUCCAGCACAUCAAGGGUAUACAGCGUGAAGCUAGGUAUACCAUCUUGGCUACAUUGGCGUAGCGGGCAUGCACCUGAUGCCACUGAAGAAGAGUCCCGGACUCCUGAUAAGUUAUGUCUUCAUUUACUGAACUUUGCAGGGCCAGACAGGUUUGAUAGGGGCAGGUUUGGGACCCUAACAUUUGACCCCAGCUGCAUGAGGGCAAACCAGGUGACAGGAUCCCAUUAAGGAGUAUUUCAAUGGGAUGGUUAAGGGCAUUGAAGAAUCUGUCACUGGACAGUCCCCAAUCCCAAAAUAAUGAGAAGGUAGUAAGGGGUGCAUGACCACCUACUAAACCGUCUGCCGAUUCUAAGGGUGAAGGACCUGUGGGCCAUCAUCUGCUGGGUAGAGAUGUACAUAUUGUACUGCAUUGACCAAAGAUCAUGGGAUCGGUCUGGAGACUUUUCUAGAUACAGUAGCAGACAACUUGCCGAUACCCAGAAGGGUUGUCAUUCCCCUGACAGGAGUGAAUAGAGAGGUCUAGUCUACGCAGAAUGCCCACCAAGCCACAGCAGAUGUCCCUUCACCAAAUGACACCAUGCUUCCAUGAGGGAACAAAAUUGAGGACCAAAGAAGCCAAAAACUGGGAAAUGCUCUUCAAUAUUCCAAAACUUCAAAGACUUUCAUUUCAGGCAUUAUACCAUCUAAUCUCAAUUCUUAUAGGUAGGACUCCUAAAAGAAAGAUGACUCUGCUGUUUGGGGUUCAGUUUGACCACGUCAAGAAUAUUUUGGGCAAAUAAAAUGGGGGAGGGGGGCGUUCGGGAUUAGAAACAAACCUGUUUUUCCAAAUACAGUACCAUACCUGUCCACAGGGUGCGUGAGAUAUUGCAGCUCAACUGUAUUCACUUCAGUGGAACUGAGAUGCAAUACUAGACGCAACCCAUAGACAGAUGUGCUUUUCUAAUUCUGGACAACCCCUUUAAAGUAAUCAUCCAGUCCAACCCUAAAACUUGACUUUGCAUGACACAUGUAUAUUAGGAAAGACGACCAACAUGGCACACAAUUACUAGUAUUCUGUGUAUUUAAUAUGUAUAAUAUUUAACCUGUAUGAUUGGUGAUGAAGGACCUCGGGUCAAGGGUCACUGCAGUGGGUUUCAAAAAGAUGACCACCUUAAUGCGUUACAUCAAGAAGUCCAUGGGCUCUCAACAAUUUUGCCUUAUCUGUGCAAACCCAAACCUCCCUCCCCUAGAGUGAGUACCAUUGGCCCAUCUCAGGCCCCCUCCUUCGCUUUCCCAUGAGCAGUCCAAACCUGCAAUGAGCUGUCCCUUCUCUACAGGUGCCACCUGUUGGCAAACAAGACAAACGGGAGCAAAACCUGCACCAUGGACAUAAAAUAGCUGUAGCUUUGCCACGUCCCAGUAAGUGCCCACUUGGCAUAAUGGAAAUGAGUUGGGGAGAUACCCAACUUGAAGACACAUAUGGUGACUAGGGUUGAACAUCAGCCAAAUGGAAAUGGGUUGGAGAGGUAUCCAAUUGGUAGACAGACACGUAUGUUGCCUAGGGUUGGACAGAUUACAAAUACACCUAUCUGAUUCCAUGACGAUGGGUCACACCAGACAUUUUCAUAGCACAAACAUGAGUUUUAAUCCAUGGACAGGAGUUUCCACCAAA